AUGUUCAGUAUUUUCUCCACUUCUAGGCCCAACGUGUGCCUGGAGAGGGAGGUGACGCUGGUCGCCCAGAGGCAGCCCUGCGUGCAGGCCUUCACACGCAUGGUUAAAGUGUGGAAGCAGGGCUGUGUGGGGCAGUCAUGGUGCAUGGGCUAUGAAAGGAGGACGGCGUACUACACAACUUACAAGCAAGUGUACAGACAGGACUAUCAGACUGUGUACAAGUGCUGCCGCGGAUGGUCUCAACUGAAUGGGGAGGCAGGUUGUCUAUACCCGGUGUGUAGUUAUGGCGUGUGCUUCAACGGCGGUCAGUGUCGAGAAGGAUCCACUCAGCUUUGCGACUGUCCUCCAGGGUUCAACGGCCCCAGCUGUCAGUAUGAUGUGAACGAAUGUGAGGAGACCAACGGAGGCUGUGAGGCUCUCUGCUGCAACACCAUCGGAAGUUUCUACUGCAGGUGUCCUACGGGUCAGAAACUCAACGAAGAUGGAAAAACAUGUCAAGAUAUUGAUGAAUGCCAGGUCCAUAACGGAGGCUGCCAGCACAGAUGCAUUAACACCAGGGGAUCCUACUACUGCGAAUGCCACCCGGGCUCUCGUCUUCACGUGGACGGCCGCACCUGCCUCGCUGUCCAUUCGUGCUCCAUCAGCAACGGAGGGUGUGAACACUAUUGUGUGCAGCAGUCCGCCGCUCAUUUCCGCUGCCGCUGCAAGCCAGAUUACGUACUGGCCGAGGACGGCAAGCACUGCAAACUGCAGAACCCGUGUGCGGAUCAGAACGGCGGCUGCAUGCACGAGUGCCGCGCCGACGGUGGCAAAGCUCACUGCGACUGUAAAGUCGGCUACGUGCUGGCAGACGACGGGAAAAGCUGCGAAGAUAUUGAUGAGUGUGAGACAGGAGAGGCCAACUGCGCUCACGACUGCCACAACACUCUGGGCUCGUACGCCUGCGUCUGCACCACGGCCUACGAGCUGGGAUCCGACGGGAAGCAGUGUUACAGAAUCGAGAUGGAGAUCGUGAACAGCUGCGAGAACAACAACGGCGGAUGCUCGCACCACUGCCAGCAUUCCACCAACGGGCCCGUGUGCACCUGUAACCAUGGUUACAGGCUGGACGACGACCUCAGGACGUGUGUUGAUGUUGACGAGUGCCGAGAGCAGAGCUCCUGUUGCGAGCAGGACUGCACCAACUACCCCGGGGGUUACGAGUGCUACUGCUCAGCGGGAUACAGACUCAGCCCUGAUGGAUGCAGCUGUGACGAUGUAGACGAGUGUCUGGCCGCUAACGGCGGUUGUGAUCACACAUGCCAGAACAGCGCCGGUUCCUUCCAGUGUUUCUGCCGUCGGGGUUUCCGUCUGGACGAGGACCGGCAAUCCUGCAUCCCUCUUGAGGACGCAGUUGAAGCCCUCUCCAGCGGAGGCGCCAUCGAGCUGCCUCUCGUCCGGCCCCAGCUCACCUUGCUGCACGACUACAGCCAGCCGCUGGAGCGCUACGACGACUACGAAGACGACGAGGGCGAGCUGAGGGCCGAGAGCACCCUGGCAGAGAAGUUCGUGUGUUUGGACGACACUUUCGGCAGCGACUGCAGUUUGACGUGUGACGACUGUUCGAACGGAGGCAGGUGUAACAGCUGGAAAAACGGCUGUGACUGCCCCGACGGAUGGACAGGUGUCGUCUGCAACCAGACGUGCCCUGAGGGAUAUUUUGGUAAAAACUGCUCCUUCCCUUGUAAGUGUAAGAACGGUGCCAGCUGUGAUCCCGUCGCUGGGAGCUGCCGCUGCCCUCCUGGUGUCAGCGGAGACUUGUGCCAGGAUGGCUGUCCGAAAGGCUUCUACGGGAAGCUGUGCAACAAAAAGUGUAACUGUGCCAAUAAUGGCCGCUGUCACCGGACCUACGGCGCCUGUCUCUGCGACCCGGGACUGUACGGACGCUUCUGUCACUUGCCGUGUCCCAAGUGGACGUUCGGCCCCGGCUGUUCUGAGGAGUGUCAGUGCAACCAGCAGCACUCUCUGGAGUGCCACCGCCGCCACGGCACCUGUGUGUGUAAACCUGGUUACCAAGGCAACACCUGCAAAGAAGAGUGCGCACCGGGUUCUUACGGCGCCGGCUGUGAGAGGAGGUGCGCCUGCGAGCCGGGAGCGUCCUGCGACCACGUGACCGGAGCAUGCCAGAGGAAAUGCCCCGCCGGACGUCACGGCGAGAACUGCGACCAAGACUGUCCAGAGGGAAGGUUCGGAACGGGCUGCAUCCAUCCCUGUAACUGUACCGGAGCCCCGUGCGACAAAGUGACGGGACUGUGCAGGUGUCCGGCGGGAACAUCAGGAACUCGCUGUGAGAAACUGUGUCCGGAGGGUUUCUGGGGUCUGGGAUGCAGAGAAACCUGCCCCGCCUGCGAGAAUGGCGGCGUGUGUGAUAAGCACAACGGCUCAUGCAACUGUGCCCCGGGAUUCAUGGGAAAACUCUGCCAAAACUCGUGCCCGAGCGGACGAUUCGGCCAGGGCUGCCACAUGAGAUGUGUUUGUGAGAACAACGCCCGCUGUGACCCCGUCAGCGGGCGGUGUACCUGCGACCCCGGCUGGACCGGACACAACUGCAGGAAAGCCUGCGACGCCGGACACUGGGGAGCCGACUGCGCGGAAACCUGCGACUGCAGAAACGGAGACGGCAGCUGCGACGCGGCGACGGGCCUGUGCAACUGUGAGGCCGGGUUUACUGGGAAACACUGCCACCAGAAGUGCCCUGCCGGUGUGUUCGGCCUCGGCUGCCGUCACCGCUGUCAGUGUGACAACAAGGCGCUGUGCGACCACGUGAGCGGCGCCUGUACCUGCCAGGUGGGAUGGACAGGAACCUUCUGCGAAAAGCCGUGUCCUCAGGGUUUCUACGGUCUGGACUGCCAGGAGAAGUGUGUGUGUCUGAACGGCGGGAGCUGCGACCACGUCAGCGGCGAGUGCUCCUGUCCCGCCGGGUGGAUCGGCUCCUUCUGCAACCUGACGUGCCCGGCCGGUUUCUUUGGGGAAGGAUGUAGCCAGACCUGCGGCUGCCGUCACGGCGGCAUCUGCCACCCGGCCAGCGGGCAGUGCGUGUGCACGUCGGGCUGGACCGGACCCAACUGUACGGAGGAAUGCCCUGCCGGGUUCUAUGGAGCGGACUGUCAGCAGCGCUGCCUGUGCCAGAACGGAGCCGCCUGCAACAAGACCAACGGGAAGUGCACGUGCGCCAGCGGCUGGACGGGCGCAGCCUGUGAACUGGAGUGUGUCGCGGGUCGAUUCGGGGCCGACUGCCAGCAGCAGUGUGACUGCGAGAACGGCGGCCAGUGUGACCGGCAGACCGGACGCUGCAGCUGCAGCGCCGGCUGGACGGGAGAGCGCUGCCAGAAAGCGUGUGACGCCGGCCUGUUUGGCGCCGGCUGUGAGGAGCGAUGUCGGUGUGCUCAUGGAGCGUCGUGUCACCACGUCACGGGAGAGUGUCUGUGUCCGCCGGGGUGGAGAGGGAAGCUCUGUGACAGAGCCUGUCUGCCGGGUACAUAUGGGCCGGGCUGCGUCCAGCGCUGCAGCUGCGCACAGGGCACGUCCUGCCACCACGUCUCCGGAGAGUGCGGAUGUCCUCCCGGAUUCACAGGAAACGGCUGCGAGCAGAUGUGUCUUCCAGGAACUUUUGGCCAGAACUGUAAUCAGGUCUGCCAGUGCUCUGAAGCGAACCAGCUCUGCCACCCGGUGUCCGGAUCCUGCUACUGCGCUCCGGGUUUCCAGGGGCCCAAGUGUGACAGAGCGUGCGGAGCCGGGCGCUACGGUCCGGACUGUGAGCGGGAGUGUCGGUGUGAGAACGGAGGGACGUGCGCUCCGUCCACCGGGGCCUGCGACUGUCCGCCGGGGUUCAUCGGACCGCGCUGCAACAUCACGUGUCCGGCCGGCCGGUACGGGGCCGACUGCUCCCGGGUGGCGCUGUGUGGAGACGGCGCCCAGAACGACCCGGUGACCGGGAGCUGCGUGUGCUCGCCCGGACGCAGGGGAGAGACCUGCGGGCAGGGCUGCCCUCCAGGCUGGUUCGGAGCAGACUGCGCUCAGCGCUGCCGCUGCAGCAACGGAGGAGUGUGCGACUCUGCCACCGGCCGCUGUACCUGCGGCCUGGGCUGGACCGGCACACACUGCGACACAGAGUGUCCUGCCGGCCGGUUCGGAGCGAACUGCCAGCUGACAUGUAAGUGUCAAAACAACGGCACGUGUGACAGAGUGACGGGGACGUGUCGGUGCGGCGCCGGAUCCUACGGAAAUCUGUGUGAACAUGUGUGCCCCCCCGGUCUGCACGGCCCCCUGUGUCAGCUGCAGUGCGACUGUAUGAGCGGCGCCCCCUGUCACCCCGCGUCGGGCGUCUGCAUCUGCCCGCCGGGGCUCCACGGCGCCCGCUGCCACCGAGUGUGCGAACAGGGCCGCUUCGGCCUCGGCUGCCUGAAGGCGUGCGACUGCGAGGACGAGACGCCGUGCGACCCCGUGAGCGGCCGAUGCCUCUGCCCCUCGGGGAAGACCGGACCCCGAUGUGACAUCGACUGCAGGGUGAACCGUUUCGGGCCGGACUGCACGGAGACCUGUCAGUGUGAGAACGGAGCGCAGUGUGACCGCCACAACGGACGCUGCAGAUGCAGGAGCAGCUGGAUCGGACCGUCCUGCCAGGAAGGUGGACCUCCUGGCUUCACCUCCGGGAGCAGCAGAGACUCGCGGCACAACAACUCAUUAUAGCGGCUCGGCUCGGCCGCACCGGGAGAGCCGCAGAGACACUGAAGGUCCAGAAAGACUCUGCUGAGAGCCGCGGCUCCACACUGGAGGCCGAGCUGGACGAGACGUGAUCUGUCGUCCUCGUGUCCUCAGAGCCGGACGAGGCGGCGUCACGGACGCACGCGGUUCCUCCGGGACGGUUUCAGAGGAACGAGCUCCAGAGUGCAGCGUCCGCCUCACUGCACUUUCUCCACAGUGUGUUUGAUAUUUUUGUAAUGUAUGGUACUGUCUAUAAAAUAAUUUUCUAAAAGAAAAUAUUACUGAUUAUAACACAACUUCUUCAGAGCCACACA